UUGGAUGGAACGUUCGAUAUAAGCACUAUCUUUUGAAAAUUCUUGUAUUAUAUUUUUCGGAAUAAUCAUUAAUUCUUCACAAAAUUAUCAGUAAAACCAAAAAUAAAACGAUUCAUAAAUUAAAAAAUGGUGGUAACGAACAAUGUUGUUUUGCCGGAAGAGUCUGAAUUGACUGUGGAAGAGGUCAAUUUAUCUACGGCGACUUUGAGGGCUGGCUCCUUUCAUCUAGGAAAAUAUUGUGAAAACCAAAACAAUGAGUUCAUGCUCUGUCGUUUUGAGGAACAAGAUCCUAGAAAGUGUAUUAAUGAAGGGAAGGCUGUUACGGCUUGUACAUUGGAAUUUUUCCGAAAAGUGAAAAAAGCUUGUUUGGCUGAGUUCAAUCAAUAUGCAAACUGCAUUGAUAAGAGUUCUGGAGAAUAUAGUUUCAGAUACUGCCGCAAAACCCAGGAUGUGUACGACAAGUGCAUGUUGGAGAAUUUGAAUUUGGAGCGUCCUCCAUUUGGCUACUUCUGUGAAGUGCGGGUUCAUGAUACCAAGAGACCAAAGCCGCCAGUUGAGGAAAAGGCUGUGUACCCUGAUGCCACUCCUGCGCUCCCAGAGGACGCCGAGAAGAAACCCGCGCGUUUCGGCUCUCGUUUCUACUGGAUGACCGAAUAAUUUUGAUGCUUAGAACAUUUACUGCGUCAUUUAAAUUAAAACAUUAGAAAGUGCAUAUUUAUUGAUAAACAUUUUCUAUUCAAUUUACUUUGCUUUGAGUUAUUGUAUGUUUUAGUUAUUUGCUACUUUUUUGUAAGGAUAAUUAA